GACAUUAGAAAUUCGCAGACAAAAUUUUACUCUGUACUCAAAAAUCGAAAAUUGUAAAAUCACGAAGCUUUUGCAUUAUUUUUUGUGUUUGCAUUAGUUUUCCGAUUAAUCUGUAUUCGCACAGCAAGUUAAGAGGCGCUUCAAUUUCUAAAUCUGAUAAUAUUCCUUUCAUUUAACAAGUAAACAUCAUACAAAAUGAGCUUUGGUCUACCGUCACUUAAGGUUAAGCCUGAACAUGCUGGCAACAUUCCAAUCCAAGAAGGCCCUUAUGGAGUUUCCAGUCCUCUGGUUGCAGGUUUUGAAGGGGCAAAAAGUAAAUUGGGCAUGUCCCAUCCUUUGCAAGCAUCAGAAAGGAAUUAUCACCUAAAUGAAGAAAAAAUGAACAUGGCCAUGCUACGCAACAUCCAGGGCUGCCAUGCACCUAUGAGACUUUCCAUGGAGAGGAAGUUUGCCAGCAAGGUUGGUCGACUUCCUUUCCUGCCAAGCUCAAAUCUCCAGCAUGAUGUAUUCACGGGCAGAUAUCUGGAUAUUGGUUUUGAAGAUAUACUAAAUACUCCAGAGUUUUGUGAAAUCAGUGGACAACCUCAUGCCGUGGUUGAAAGAUCUUUGGGAGUUCUAUAAAUAAUAAAAUGCUUUGAAUAAAAUUUUAUAAACAUGUGAACUUUUAAUUAUAUAAUUUCUAUAAAUACAUAUUUCAAUAGAAUAAUGCUUAUUGCUGU